AUGGGUAGCAAUAGAACCAUUGUUUGGUUUAGGAGGGAUCUUAGAAUUGAGGACAAUCCAGCACUAGCUGCUGCUGCUAGGGAUGGUUCUGUGUUUCCUGUGUUUAUAUGGUGUCCUGAAGAAGAUGGUCAAUUUUAUCCGGGACGGGUUUCGAGGUGGUGGCUGAAGCAAUCUCUUGUUCAUUUGGAUCAGUCACUGAAAUCUCUUGGAGCUAGACUUGUGUUGAUUAAAACUGAUAGUACUCUUAAAGCUCUUUUGGAGUGUAUAAAUGCUAUUCAAGCUACAAAAGUAGUGUUUAACCAUCUCUAUGAUCCUGUUUCACUUGUUCGUGACCACAACAUCAAAGAAAAGUUAGUUGAACUCGGCGUGUCGGUGAAAAGUUAUAAUGGGGAUCUGUUGUAUGAGCCUUGGGAGUUAUAUGAUGAGAAGGGACAUGCUUUUACAACCUUUGAUCCUUUUUGGCAAAGAUGCUUGCACAAGCAAAUGGAACCUGUUUCAUUUAUUCCUCCGUGGCAAUUAAUUCCAGCGAAAGGAAAAGUAGAAAGAUGUUCAGUAGAGGACCUAGGUCUUGAAAACGAAUUAGAAAAACCAAGCAACGCGUUACUGGGACGAGCAUGGUCUCCAGGUUGGGGCAGUGCUAACAAAGCUUUAACAGAAUUUAUGGAUAAGCAACUUCUUAACUACUCCAAGAAUAGGCAAAAGGUUGGUGGAGACUCGACCUCACUCUUGUCCCCAUAUCUUCACUUUGGAGAGUUGAGCGUGAGGAAAGUUUUUCAAGUGGCACGUGUGAAGCAGAUAUCGUGGGGAAAUGAAGGCAACAGUGUUGGCAAUGAAAGUGUAACUCUUUUCCUCAGGGCAAUUGGUCUUAGAGAGUAUUCACGCUAUCUUUGUUUCAAUUUUCCGUUCACUCAUGAGAGAGCACUUCUUGGUCACUUAAGUUUUUUCCCUUGGAACGCUGAUCCUUCUAACUUUAAGACUUGGAGACAAGGUAGGACCGGAUAUCCUUUAGUUGAUGCAGGAAUGAGAGAACUUUGGGCUACAGGAUGGAUGCAUAACCGAAUAAGAGUAAUAGUUUCCAGUUUCGCUGUGAAAAUGUUGCUUCUGCCUUGGAAAUGGGGAAUGAAGUAUUUUUGGGACACACUUCUGGAUGCAGACCUUGAAUGUGAUAUACUCGGGUGGCAGUAUAUCUCAGGAUGCUUACCAGAUGGUCACGAGCUCGAGCGCUUGGAUGAUCCCGAGAUUUUAGGAGCUAAAUUCGAUCCAGAAGGAGAAUAUGUAAGGCAAUGGCUACCUGAGUUAGCAAGAAUGCCAACCGAGUGGAUCCAUCAUCCUUGGAAUGCACCGCUUAGUGUGCUUAGAGCAUCAGGAGUUGAAUUAGGUCAAAACUAUCCAAGUCCGAUAAUCGAUAUAGAUCUAGCCCGAGAAAAACUCACUCAAGCCAUAUUCAAGAUGUGGGAAAUCCAAGCAGCAUCGAAAGCUUCUGGCUCCGAAGCAAGGGAUGAAGUUGUCGUCGACAACGAAAAUCAAGACAUUCCGAAAGUUAUCCUCAAGGACAAGGGUCCAUGUGUUACUAUUUCAGCUAAUGAUCAGAAGGUGCCAGCACUUCCGGAUCCUAAGAAUGAAAUUCCUAUUAGAAAGAGAAAAAAAGGUGCGGAAGAGAAGGGAAAGGAGCAGGAAAGUUCGGUAAAUAAUGAGAAAGAUAGUAAGUGUUCUUCAUCUUCAAAUCUAAAAUGGCCAUGGCAAGAACAGAUUGACAUGGAGCAAAGUUCAGGGAAAGAUGGGGCAACAUGA